CCCCCCGGUCCUACCGAGUUUACAGCACUGCUUUAUGGGCAAUCUGGAAGGAGAGAUGCAUCAGGACUCUGGACAAUAUGAAGAAUGCACUUCACAAAGUAUGGGCUGCUAUAAAAAUCAUAAUGGAAGCAGAGGUCCUCAGCUGCGAAUGGAGGAGGGUCAAGGAGACUUUUCAGCGCUACCCGGACACAGGUGCUAUGACUGCCAAGGGUUUGGGCUCAUCAGCUGCCCACAGUGUGGCAAAGCGGGGUUGACACCGGAGCAACGCGGAGAGCGAUGAAGGAGAUGCCGGCGUGACACAUUUCCUGAAAAAAAACAGGAGGAGGAGAGGGACACACUUAAAGAACCUGCGACCUCGUCAUCGCGACCUGAUGACAAUGAUGAUGAACUACUUGCUCUCUCUUCCUGACCUGCUUUGGUAUUCCAUGGGACCAUACUACACACCUUCGAGGAAUAGACAAACUCUCUUCCUUCUCUUUUCCUUCGCUUGUAUUUCCUGAAUUGCAGACAAUGUUAGUAACUUAGUACCUACGGAAGGAAGAAAGGUAGGAAGGAAGGAAGGAAGGAAGGAAGGAAGGAAGGAAGGAAGGAAAGAACUCUCUUCUCCUUCGCUUGUCCUUCGCUUGUCCUUCGCUUGUCCUUUGCUUGUCCUUCCCUUGUCCUUCACUUGUCCUUCGCUCUUCCUUCGCUUAUCCUUCUCUUAUCCUUCUCUUGUCCUUCUCCUUUCCUUCUCUUUUCCUUCCUGAAUUACAGACAAUGUUAGCUACUACCUAAGGAAGGAAGGAAGGAAGGAAGGAAGGAAGGAAGGAAGGAAGGAAGGAACAAGUGGAAAAAGCUUAUAGGGUUACAUAACACAUUUCUUGGUAAGUUUUUUCUUAUACGUAAGUGAUGAGGAGAAUUUAGGACUAACCGCAACAUCGCCCCCCAAGUUGUAAGUGAUUAAGACUAACCGCAACGUCCGUCACCCCAAGUUGUACCUCUCGGUUAUAGCUAGAUGGUUUGCAGAUGUUUCGGUCGAUGGAUUUUACCAAAUCCUUCAAACCAGCAACCGCUAAGUAUAGUAAAAUUAAGGGUCAUGCACGGAAUGUUCUUGUUCCUCCUCCGCUCUCUCUCUCUCCCCGCUUUCUUUCUUUUUUUCUCAAAGACGAUUGCUAAAUCUUGGACAAAGCGGGAAACCUUGAUGUCACACAAUCUGCACGAGGCGAGACCACCUGACAGACGGGAACAUCUUUUUUUUUUUUUUUUUUUUUUGUGGGAUGGGAACAUCCUCCGAACAACUGUGAUGUGGGGCUGGAAAAAAGGCCCUUCCCACUGACUUUUCAUUAAAUUUGAAAUAUUUGGCUCGCAUGACGAGAUUGAAAGAGGAUUUUUUUGUUGUCACUUUUGACUGACUUUCAACCCUUCCAGAAGCUUGUGUUCCUUGCUUGAAGGCGGUAUGCAUUAACACUAAGUUAUUGGCACCAAAUUAGAAAAAAACAUACAAAAAUGGAAAAUGGCACAAAAAUC